AUGGUAACUCAUGGCAUUGUUUUAGGCUAUAUUAUAUCUUCUAACGGAUUGGAAGUUGAUAAAUCUAAGAUUGAACUUAUUCGUGCUCUAACUCCUCCCACUAUGGUGAGGGAAAUUCGUUCUUUUCUUGGUCACGCAGGAUUUUAUCGCAGGUUUAUCAAGGACUUUUCCAAGGUUGCAGCACCCUUAUGCAACUUUUUGCAAAAAGAUGUGGUUUUUAACUUCGAUGAUAAGUGUUUGGCGGCAUUCAAUCGUUUGAAAGAACUUUUGAUAACAGCCCCUAUUAUGAAAUCACCAGAUUGGAGUAAGCCAUUCGAGCUAAUGUGUGAUGCUAGUGAUUAUGCGGUCGGUGCAGUAUUGGGACAGCGUACUGGGAAGUUGCCUCAUGCAAUUUGUUAUGCUUACAGAACGUUGAAUGAUGCUCAACAAAAUUAUACGACCAUAGAAAAAGAGUUAUUAUCAAUCGUUUUUGCGUUGGAAAAUUUUCGUUCUUAUUUAAUUGACAAUAAAGGCAUCGAGAACACUGUUGCGGAUCACUUGAGUCGUCUUACUGUAGACAAAGAAGCUAUCUCGUUGCGUGAAAGCUUCCCAGAUGAGCAACUAUUCUCAAUUGUAGUUUCAGAACCAUGGUGUGCUGAUAUUGAUCGGAUUUUUGCAAGGUUUGGAACCCCAAGGGCCAUAAUAAGUGAUGGAGGAUCACACUUUCGAAAUAAGUUCUUUCAGGGUUUGUUGAAAAAGUACAACAUAUCUCACAAGAUUGCUACAUCGUAUCAUCCACAAACAAACGGGCAAGAAGAAGUUUCUAAUCAAGAAGUAAAGUCUAUUCUGGAUAAAACAGUGAAUCCAUCAAGGAAAGAUUGGAGUUUACGUCUCAACAAUGCAUUAUGGGCAUAUCGAACCGCAUACAAGACACAUAUUGGGAUGUCUCCUUACAGGAUUGUGUACGGUAAACCUUGUCACCUUCCUGUUGAAAUAGAGCAUAAGGAUAUUUGGGCUAUUCAACAAUGCAACAUGGAUAUGGACGGGGCUGUAGAGAUUCGUAGCUUGUUAACAGGAAAGGAACUUAAAGUGAAUGGGAAUCGCUUAAAUUCUUAUUAUGAACCAUUUGAUGCUGAAACGGAAUAG